GGAAGGUAAAAUAUAGAAACAAUGAUUGAUAUGGCAUGCUUUCCCUUUUCCCUUCCUUGAUGACUCUUUGCUAAUUUCUUUGCCAAUGAUGAACCACAAUCAUGUGUGAAAUUAUGAAACAUCAUCCAUCAUGUCCAUGGUGAUAAAUUGGUGAUAGCAGCUUUUCCAAAGGGUUUCUACAAACCCAACAUGACAGGCUGUUGCUUCCCUGUGACCUUCCAUCGGUCCGGUAGUCGCAGGGUCAGCUUCAGGCUUGUUAGAAGUUCCUCUUCCGGUUCAUCUAAACAUCGGGGAAGAGAGAGUCAUAAAGGGCCUCUGGUUGUUUGCUUUGGGGAGAUGAUGAUCAAUUUGGUCCCUACAGUAGCAAGAGUGUCCCUUGCAGAUGCAACUGCCUAUAAGAAAUUCCCUUCUGGAGCCACUGCCAAUGUUGCUGUUGGAAUUUGUAGACUAGGAGGCUCAGCAGCUUUCAUUGGCAAGGUGGGAAAUGAUGAAUUUGGACAUCUGUUAUCUGAUAUUCUGAAACAAAAUGGUGUUGACAAUUCUGGCCUGCUCUUUGAUGAUCAUGCAAGGACAGCGUUGGGAUUUUAUGCUCUUAAGAGUAAUGGAGAACCUGAAUUCAUGUUUUACCGAAAUCCAAGUUCUGAUGUGCUCCUUCGUCCUGAUGAAAUUGAUAUGGACCUCAUAAAGAAGGCCACAAUAUUUCAUUAUGGUUCAGUAAGUUUGAUUAAGGAACCUUGUAGGUCAGCUCAUCUUGCUGCAAUGAAUGCUGCUAAAGUGUCUGGCUGCUUCCUUUCUUAUGCCCCAAAUUUGGCAUUGCCACUAUGGCCAUCAAAGGAGGCUGCUAGACAGGGCAUUAUGAGUGUCUGGAACUAUGCCGACAUCAUUAAGGUAAGUGUGGAUGAAAUUCGACUCUUGACUGAAGGUGAUGAUCCUUAUGAUGACACAGUGAUCAUGAAGAAGUUGCACCAUUACAAUCUCAAACUUCUGAUUGUCACUGAAGGAGCACGAGGCUGUAGAUACUACACCAAGGACUUUAAAGGAUGGGUUGCUGGUUUUGAGGUGGAAGCAAUUGACACAACUGGAGCAGCUGAUUCCUUUGUAGGAGGACUUUUGAGCAUUGUGGCUGCUCACAAUCACAUUUAUAAGGAUGAGAAAAGAUUGAGGGAGGCUCUUGAUUUUGCAAAUGCUUGUGCUGCUUUCACAGUGACAGGUAGAGGAGCCAUACCUUCUCUCCCCACAAAGGAUGCUGUUCUCAGAAUUAUGUUCUCAUACUAAAGUUCAAAGAGGAGUAGCACAUUUGGCAAUGUGCUUCCUAAAUUGGUUAACUGUGAGGUGUUGAAUUCAAUUCAUGUUAGUUGAGGCCUGUGGCAUGUCCUAAUUUUGAAAUAGGAUAACUUUCAUUUGCCAUAAGCAUUUUAACAAUUUGGUGAAUACUAACAUUUUAUGAACUAAUGUCUUGCUUAUUA